UUGAAGAUUGGUGUGUGUGACGAUAGUGAGAAACACCGCGUAUUUUUUAGUAAGUGUAAAUACAAAAACAGUUCAUAGUUUUUUUGUGAUGUGAUGACAGAAACAUUAAGAUAUGUGACGAGGAUUUUUUUAAUAACAACAUUUUAUUACUGCCUAAUAUGCGUGUUUAAAGAAAUUAAACGGUAUUGGACUGAGUCAAUUGAAGGUAGACGCGACACAUCAAUUUAAUAAAAAUAUUCCAAGAUGGCGGAUUACAACAGUAUUGGAAAUCAUAGCAACGACAUAGAGCCCGCAAUGGGGCCUAGUGAACUUUCAAAGUUCUCACCAGGACUCCUAACCUUCGCAGCGAUUGUCACCGGAUGCAUCAUGCUCACAGGACUAUUUGGCAACCUGCUCACAGUGAUCGCUCUGCUCAAAUGUCCGAAAGUGCGGAAUGUUGCAGCUGCAUUUAUAAUCAGCCUUUGCAUAGCGGACUUUCUAUUCUGCGUGAUGGUGCUACCAUUCGCCAUAUCUGGAUUCUGGACUCGAACCUGGUCCCACGGGGGUGUACUGUGUAAACUCGUACCGUUCUUGCGGUACGGUAACGUCGGUGUGUCUCUCUUGAGCAUUGCCCUGAUAACGCUCAAUAGGUACAUAAUGAUAGCCCACCACAGCUGGUACGCGCGCGUGUACCGCAAACAGAAUAUUGCACUCAUGAUCGUGUUUUCGUGGAUGUUUUCGUACGGCAUGCAGAUACCAACCCUUGUAGGGGUAUGGGGUAAAUUCGACUACGACCCGGAUCUCGGCACGUGCUCCAUAAUACCUGAUGACAAAGGACGUACAUCCAAAACGGCUCUCUUUGUGAUCGCCUUCAUUGUUCCCGCUCUACUCAUCUUCAUAUGCUACGCUAGGAUAUUCUGGGUGGUGCACAGCUCAGAGCGAAGAAUGCGUGAACAUCAAAGAUCGCAACAUGCAAGCCCUGGCACAUUGAACAAUAGCACCACAGACAAGCGAUCCACAAUAAAGGAUAACCGGGAGACGAAAGCCAAGCGGAAUGAGUGGAGGAUCACCAAGAUGGUGCUAGCUAUAUUCUUGUCCUUCUUAGUGUGUUACCUCCCCAUCACCAUAGCAAAAGUGGCCGAUAGUCAUGUACAAUACCCAAUAUUCCAUAUCGCGGGCUACCUGUUGCUGUACGCGAGCGCAUGCGUAAACCCGAUCAUCUACGUCAUAAUGAACGCGCAGUACCGCGCCGCGUACGCCGCCGCACUGUGCUGCCCUCUGUCGAGGCUGCCAGGUCUCACCAGCGGUGCGUAUCCAUCGUCGCCCGUCGCAUGCCAACCUAAGAAGAUUAGGUAUACGUCAGAAAUGGAACGAGCGUCACGGGUACAGCUUCAGCAACACACGAACGGCGCUCAGCCAAGUGUCACUGGGAGAGUCGAGAGCCGACCCACGGGGAGCCCCGGGCCCGGGCGGCAGAUAGGUCCCAAACCAAUAGGCAAUGGGUCCAACGCACUGGCUUCUUCUAAAUCUGGGCCAGUGAAGAACGGCGGGACUAAUUCUCCAUCGAAGCCGGCCGCAGGAAAACAAGAUCCUAAAACCGGAUCGUUACGACCCGUUGGGUCAAAAACCGAUUCUCGAAACAACAGCCAAUUCUCAGAUUCACAGCGAAAUGGAACUAAAAUUGGGUCAAGGCAGAAUGUUGGGGAAAAAAACACGAGAUUUCAAAUUGUUCAUUACGAUCAAAAUGGCAUUACGCGAAUUUACACUUAGCGAUUUAUCGCUCGUUGUUAUGACAUACAUACCAAAGAAUUUUAAUUUAAGAUUUUAUUACAUUACUCCGUCUAGAGUGAAAUAUAAGUAUUGUUUACUUAUUUUUAUUUUAUAUUAAAAUUGUAUUUGACAAGUAAACUUAAAAUAAAUAAUAUCCGUCCUACUAACGAGCGAUAAAUUACUAUGGAAUAAAAUAAGUUAUGUAAAUAAAUAUUAUUAUUAAGUAUCAUCCUUAUGUGCCUUCUAAUAGAUACGAUAAAUAUAUAAUUAUGUUUUACAACCAUACUAACUGACUCUAACUGUUCGGAGUUGUCUAUAAAAGUUUGUUAUGUUCUAAGUUGGACAAAAUUAUAUUACAACAAGAAAAUAUAUAGGUACUAUUUACAAUCUUUUAUUACACUUACGGAAUUGCUGUACAGAAACUGUUACAAACAAAAAUAAAUAACAACCCGAAUAAUAUUUUAUACAAAUUAAAAUAUUUUAAAUUAAAUAUUUAUUUUUAAAAUAAAACCAUAGUAUAAUAUCAUAAAUGCAAAAGUGUGCCCAUUUGUUGUGUUUGUUAUCUUUUCAUGGACACACGGCAGAACGAAUCUUAAUGACAUCGGUCGGCAAGAUACAUUCUAUAACAACGACCAUACAUAGUAGAUACAUAUUUUAUCUCAAUAAAAGUAGACGAAACCACCAGAACCUGGUAGUGUCUAAUGAAGUAUAGAUAUCUGCACGAAAUAUCGAAAAAUAAUAUUUUGCUAUAGUUAUUUAGAAAAUGGAAUAACUUUCUCUAAGGGCAUGAACCUUCUUAGAACCCAUAAGGAUUUUUUUGUGUCUUCGACCUUUCUUGAGAAAUUGUUUUAGUUUAAUAUAUUUAGUAUUAUUACAGAAUAUAUAUUUUCACUGUAUUCUGAAUUGUUAUGAGAAUUUUUACAACCUGUACCUAUACGUCUGCGAUAUUCAGUCUAUAGACUUGCAAUUUUUUUGUAAACUGUCUUGUUCUAUAAAUCAUAUUUACUGUAAUUCGCGUAUACAGAAUGUUAUUUAUUUUGUACAAAGCAUUCCUUAUAUUCUAGAUUGUAAGUCUGACAGGUGAUAAAACAUUCCAAAUAAAUAUAUGCGUACUUUAGUUGUAUUAUGACCAAAGACGAGAUACCUAUAUUGUAUAAUUUAAUUCAUCGAAUACCUAAGUAAUUAUUAAGUACCCAUUGUGAAUUAAUUUUAAGUCCCAUGUUGGGCGCCAUUUGCAAAAUAAAGCAAAAUGGAACUUUAAAAAAAAAAUGUUGACAACAAAAUACGAUUAUUGAUUGAUCAAAGAAUGUAUUCACAGGUACUUGGUACAUAAUAUUUCCGAAUAGGUUGGCCAACUCUGCUAAUAAAUUUUUAAGAUUAACAUCAUGUAGAAUAGAAUCUAUAAAUAUAAAUUAAAAGUUUUUUACAAUAAUAAAUUUACAUAUCUGCUCCUAACUUCUUAUAUUAGAUUUAAGUUUCAACUUACAAAGUACGUCAACCAGCAAAUAUAACAUUUGGUGCAACAUGAACACGGCAAACCCAAAAUUGUGGCCGAAACAUUAUUAAAAAAAAAAUAUGG